UAUACAACUGAUAGGAUUAGCUCAUUAAUGUAUAUGUACGCUGAAUUAUACCAGAAACCUUUAAUAUUUGCUAAUAGUUUCUACAGUCGGUCGUGCGACACCUUUGUGUUAUCAAUGCACGGCAGUUACGCAACACUCGCGGACGGAUUAGUGGAAUAUCUGAGACAAUUUCAAUGGGGAAAUUUAGCAUUUGUGACCACCGGUAGUCUGCAGUGGCGACAUAUGGCGUCUGGGGUCCAGGCCCAGUUACUUAAGCAAGGCUACACGAUCAAACACUCAAUUGAAAUAAACGAUUUCAAUAAUAGCACCACAGUCCUUGAACAACUACAGACCAUCACCAGCACGGCCAAAGGUGUAAUUCUUGCGAUGGACCCCGAAGACGCUUUCAAAGUGCUACAAUCUGCUCAACAGUGGACUGGACUGACUCAACAUAGCAUUUUUCUACUGGUUCGGAAUCCGUACGACAAUAUGUCGGUUAUUUCAGCAAUCAUCAAGCAGGACUUAAACAUAUCAGAUGCUCUUGGAGCUACUUUUCUGAUUUUCCCAACGGUGCCAAAUGUUAUGUUCACAAACGGAAGUGGUGCUACACUUGUUCCGCAUGUUCAGACAAAGUCAUUUGCAGCAAUACAAGAUGCGUAUAUCACAAUAUUUCAGGGAUUUUCCUCUCUUUACAAUAGAUCCGUUUUAAACAUCAACGGAUUGACAUUAUCGUCGGAAAUGAAGUUAGUUAAUUCUGACCUUUCAGGAAGAUCUGUACAAUAUGCUGUUGGAUCAUGUGCAAGAUACCUCGAGUUUGCUUUAUACGACUUCCGGAUUUCUGAUUCCGAUUUUUCUGUGGCACGUCAUAUAUGGCAAGGCUGCGACAGUGCUUGGUGCUUAAAAGUUUUCUCGAACGUAGAAUGGCCGAAGGGCGUAGUGUUGCCUGGCGACGAAUGCUUCAAACAAUCUAAUUGUGCCACUACAGAGUCAGGUGAGCUUUGGUUUUAUAUCUUCCUCAACUGA